AGCCCACGCGGUCCAGACCUCCAACCUCAAUAUCGCUGCACCCGCUGCUGCCUCGACGCGGGCACCGGUCCCAUAAAUCCCCAUCCCGCCGUGCCCAACCGCGGCGUGGUCUUUCUGCGCUGGCUGCGGGCCGGCUAAAGUCGCCCUCCAGCCCGCAUCCACUCCCGGAGAUUUGGAAACAGACACGCUCUUCCAGUCACGAGUCGCCGGCGCGCUGCCGACAAGAAUGUGGAUGCGCGUGCGGGACGACACACCUAUGUGCCCCAAGCCACCCUCCUCCUAAACACACAACACUGCCACCCUUCACCGCAGCGGAUGGCCCUUCACCGCACCCUUCUCCGCACUCCCCAACGUCCUACCCUGGAGCCCAUGGUCUUUAACCGCCCUCAACGACACCCAAGCUAGCUCUCUGCCUAUCCCAAUGGCGUCCUCAGACUCGACCACCUCUGCUGGCUCCCCGCCGACCUCCAGCUACAACCCUCCCUCCCCGCCAAACCCCUCCGCGGACCAAGGCGUCAUACCUCAUAUCCAUUCCCCCAACAAAGAUGCUCCCUCUCCGCCUGCCGACGGGGACUGGCUUGUCUCGGACAUUUCUCCGGAGACGGCCAUGAAGAUGCUGUGGCGGGCUGUUAAUGCGUUGGCGAAUGCAACUGGCGAGGUGCCUCCAACUCCCCCCAUCAGCCGUCCUGCGACUCCAGGUGGAUUUCACCGGGACAGCUUGAAGGAGAAUUUCCGCCAUCACCACAGACGCACCUCCUCCCGCCCCGCUACCCCAGUCCCGUCGGAUGAUCUCAAAGGGCCCAAGUUCAAGAAUGUCGAGCUUGGGAGCCCAGAGGCCUCCAUGGCCGAACCCUCGGCCGCAGAUGUCGGGGCGAAUGCGGAGCCCUACCAUGUGCAGCAAGAGGCCAUUGCCCGCAAGUUCUUCUCGAGACGAGCCCCUGGAGUCACUCUCGAAGAGUACCUUAACCGCCUCCAGCGAUACUGUCCAAUGUCCGCAGCCGUCUACCUUGCUGCCGGCACAUACAUUCACAAGCUGGCUGUGGAGGAUAAGCUAGUCGUUGUGACAGGCAGGACAGUACACCGAUUGGUUCUCGGGAGUCUACGUGUCGCGAUGAAGGCCCUCGAGGACUUGAGAUACCCUCAAAAGCGGUUUGCGGGGGUGGGUGGGGUCAGCGAGAACGAGCUGAAGGCGCUCGAGAUCAGUAUUUGCUACUUGAUCGACUUCGACCUCCAGGUCACUGCGGAGUCGCUUUACCAGAAGACGAUGUUGUUCCAGCGGGCCGCAGCUGCUGCCAGUGUAUGCACAAAGCUCCCGGCCUCAUUCCAACUCCAACCACGCAUACCCCUGCGUGCGAGGAACGCCGUGGUGUCGACGUGAAUUUUAGUUCCGUCACCGCAACAUCCUGGUAUCAUUCCUUAUGCGCAUUUCGUUCCCAGCCGGCGAGAAUCGAGGAGUUUGGUUCUUGGAGACUGGCGACUACCCCUGGCGUUUUGUCCAUGUUUGUUGGAUCGAAAAAAAAACAGGCACUUAUCAGCCUUUCGGCCUCUCAGCCUAUUCUCUUCGCGCGGAGCAGCCUUCGCCAUGAUUGUACACUACUCAACGACGUGAAUUGUAUAUAGUUAACCCUAAUCG